GUCGCCGGCGACGACGAUGGCUCGGCAUCCGGCCGUCCGCGCCCUGGCGUGCCGCCGCCCCCUGUCCGCCCGCCAGCCCGUGUCCCCGAAGCUCAUCGUGGGUUCAGGCCCGGGCGGCGCCGUCGUGGGCGCCCCCUCGCUGCAGUCGCCGUACUCCAGGAUGCCCGCCCCGCCCAAGAAGAGCGCGGACGAGCGUCGCGCCCCGCUCAAGACGGUCAGCGUGCGGCAGAACGCGCCCCCGGAGCGCAAGCCGCCCUCCGCGAGUCCCCGGAGCCCCGUCAAGCCGACCCCGGCACGGACCACCGCGCGCAAGGGCGCCCCUGCAGUGUCCCCCGAGUCUGUUCGGCGUCCGGGUCCCGGCGCAGGGACGCCCGGGGGCAAGGAGAACGUCGUCCAGCACGUGCUCAGGACGGUCUCGGCCCCAAGCACCCCGAAGCGCAAAGGGGACGAGAACGCCGCCCGGCGGGCGACAGUGAGCGUCUCGUCGGCCACGCAGCUGAGGCCUGCAGCUGCCUGCGGAGGGGCGCCCGUGGCCGCCGGGACGAUGGCAUCGCAGAAGAACGGCGGCUCGAGCGGUAGCAGGAUGCCUGUGCCGUUGCGGAGCAUCUUCACGAAGCUUCGAGCGUAGAUUCGCCGACCACGGAGGAUACAAGGGAUGCUCAGAUGUUCGUUUGCAUGUGGGCGGCUCUGCCCGACGCGCUAGAGCGGGCUCUUAUGAUGGCAUAUACAGAUCAACAUACAGUUCUCGAUCUUGUACCACAUGUACCAUAUACAGACGCGGAGCAGUGAGACAAUGAACGAGUGUGGAUAAGAUGAUGACC